AUGGAAAUUAUUAAGAAUGAUGUGAAGAAUAAAUCCAAGACAGGCAAGAAGGCAAAAAAGGAGUACAUGCCGUCAACCAAUUCGAGCUAUUAUCGCAUCACCCAGGGAUUUAAGAACCUUUGGAAGCUCACUGGUGAAACAGAAGAGAUUCGCAUGAGAAACAUAUCUUUUUAUAAUAUGGUUACAGUUCUUAAUUGGUAGUUAUCGUUUUUUGUGAAUACUGCUCUCUUUAUUGGGUCCGUCUUCCUCUACGACAAGUAUGGUAACAUGGUGGCAAUCUAAAAUCGACGGGGCUAUGAUGCGGUUAUCGUUUUGUAGGUGCACCAGUAUAUGGGUUGGUUUAGUUCAUAUUA